CGGACGCACUACUACGGCGACGGGCUGGACGCCUCCCGCUUCGGGAUGAAUUAGCGGCGGGUUCUGCGCCGAGGUUGUGACCCCCACGGAUUCCCCGACUUGUGCACGCGCCCCCACAGUGUCACACGUUGUCUCCUGCUGGUCACAGAAUCAUGGUGUCAUGGAAAGGGAUUUACUUCAUACUCACUCUGUUCUGGGGAAGCUUUUUUGGAAGCAUUUUCAUGCUCGGCCCCUUUUUACCUUUGAUGGCUGUGAACCCGUCCUGGUAUCGCUGGAUCAACAACCGCCUCGUGGCGACCUGGCUCACGCUUCCCGUGGCAUUGCUGGAGACCAUGUUUGGUGUAAAAGUGAUUAUAACAGGUGACGCGUUUGUUCCGGGAGAAAGAAGCGUCAUCAUCAUGAACCAUCGGACGAGAAUGGACUGGAUGUUCCUGUGGAAUUGUCUGAUGAGAUACAGCUACCUCAGACUGGAGAAAGUGUGUCUCAAAGCCAGCCUCAAAAGUGUUCCUGGAUUUGGUUGGGCCAUGCAGGCUGCUGCCUACAUCUUCAUUCACAGGAAGUGGAAGGAUGACAAGAGCCACUUUGAAGACAUGAUCGAUUACUUCUGUGACAUCCGCGAACCACUUCAGCUCCUCAUAUUCCCAGAAGGCACUGAUCUCACAGAAAACAGCAAGGCCCGAAGUAAUGACUUUGCUGAGAAGAACGGACUCCAGAAAUACGAGUAUGUCUUGCAUCCGAGAACCACAGGCUUUACUUUUGUGGUGGAUCGUCUGAGAGAAGGCAAGAACCUGGACGCCGUGCACGACAUCACGGUGGCCUACCCGCACAACAUCCCUCAGACGGAGAGGCACUUGCUGCACGGCGACUUUCCCAGGGAGAUCCACUUCCACGUGCGCCGCUACCCCGUGGACAGCCUGCCCGCGGCCAAGGAGGACCUGCAGCUCUGGUGCCACAAGCGGUGGGAGGAGAAGGAAGAGCGGCUGCGCUCCUUCUACCAAGGGGAGAAGGAUUUUUACUUCACCGGACAGACCAUGAUUCCGCCUUGCAAGUCUGAGCUCAGGGUCCUUGUGGUCAAAUGUCUCUCUAUACUGUACUGGACCCUGUUCAGCCCUGCAAUGUGCCUGCUCAUCUAUUUGUACAGUUUUGUCCGGUGGUAUUUUGUCAUCACCAUUGUCAUCUUUGUACUGCAAGAGAGAAUUUUUGGUGGACUGGAGAUCAUCGAGCUUGCAUGUUACCGUUUUUUACACAAACAGUCACAGCUAAAUGCAAAGAAGGGUGAGUAAGAUCAGGUUCACAGUGUAACAAGCUUGGGAGUACUUGGGAAGUGUUGUAAGCCUUUGCAAACCAAGAUGCGUUUUUGCAUGACGACGUCAAAUAUUUCUUACUACCAUCAUUAUUUGUUAAAGAUACUUUGCACUUAGUUUUGUGAGAAAAUACUGCUACACACAUUUUUUUCCUUAAAUCUCUGAAUGUAAUUUCAGCACGCAUAGCGGGGAGCAAUCGCUGUGACCUAACUCGGGCCAGAGUAUUCUCAAACAACCGCCAGGCUGUUCACAGACAAGGCACACACGAGAUUUUCCCGGGGCUCUGUCCUAUUUCCUCACUGACGCCCAGCCCAGACGCAGACCUGGGCUUCCGAGCACCGGCCCAGCUCAGAAGCUGGCACUCAGCUGUCCUCAGUCAGGGUGAGGGCCCCCCUCUCGCGCCCGCCCUCCCUUCCUCCCUCCCUCCCUCCCAACUCCUCUGUGUCAAUCACACCACCGCAUCCUUCCUUAAGACCAGAAAACAGACGUCUCUUGUCCUUAAACUGACCAAACGUUUUAACAGGAAGACCACCUGUGCCCUUUGCUCACGUGGAAAAGAAGACCUGGACGCGACUCGGGGCAGCCUCAGGCUCCCACCUGGAAACCUGAGCUUGAAGUUUUAAAGACAGGAAUUAAUAUGUUUCAGUUCUACUUAAUCUCGCAUGCCUAGUGCUGGCGUCUUCACGGCGUGUGGGCAGGUGUAGCCCCUUCUGUGUUAAAGACAGUAAAAACCACUUACUUUUUUAAAGGAAAGCAUGGAACAUUCUGUUAUUGCAGUCAGAAACUCUCCUUUGAAGUUGUGUCUUUUGAAAUAUUUCUGUGAAACCUGCCCCGAAAAGGAAGGGGAGUGUGUUUUCUCCGCGCGAGUGGCGCCCUCCCUCCCACCACUAGAGCAGCAACAGCAAAGCAGCAGCAAAGUGGCGCCUGCAGACGGGCGGCCGCGGCGCCCUGCCAGUCAGCCCUCGCAGCCCCCGCAGCGCUCACCCUGCGAAGCAAACGAACGCAAAAGCGGGUCCUUCUUUUCCAGUAAUGGGGAGGGAGUCUCAUUUUUAGUGCCAGGCUUCCUCCUUCAAUAGUAAAAUUUAAACAUUCCUGGCCAGUAGUUCACCUACAUAUAUAAUCCCUGUUAUUUGGAGUCAGUGGAAAAUCCAGCAAACCAACGGCGCCGACCUCCUGCUGAGGCACAAAAACUGCGUGGUCAUUUCCACCCUGCGGAAGGCCGGGCUGCUUUUUUGGUGACGUGACGAGGAUGCUGGUCAGAGCAGCAGAAAAUCCGAGGCCAUUAAAAGUCUUUAGCCGUCAGCAGACCUGCCAGCUGCACUCCCGCCUGCACCAGCCUCAAAGCCACUAACUGCUUCCUGCACUGCUCUGGCCUGAACGCCUUCCCCUGCGUUACAUCUCAUUUUUGCUGCACACUGACUUUGACCCAACAGUGGAACGCGAGUUGCCGUGAAAGGUGAGCACUUUGUGAGCUGAACUUACCGGGCAGCUUCUCUCAGAAAGUGCUGUUUCCGGCAGUUGCUGUUGACACGCCGCCCCUGUCGGAAGAGGACUCACCAGCACUUCCACCCCACGCGCCCGCUCACAGGUAGCUGCACCCUGGAGGCUGUUUGUAAUCCUGCUGGGAGCUACUCAUCGGUUAUUAGGGACAUCUGCUGCAAACGCAGCUGUAGGACGAUAGGUUUUUUAGGGUGUAUUUUUUAAUUUUAUUUUUUUCUUAAUAAAGGAGGUUUGUGAUUUAGGUUUCUCUCAGACCUCCUUCGGUUAAGUUUGGAAACACAGAAACAGUCUUAACGCCCAGGAAUGCAUCUGUCCUGGACGCAGGAGGAGAGCCGGGUUCCCUGCCCCGCAGGUGUUCCCGCUGAGGCCCGCCCUUCCUCCCGCCUCGCAGCCCACAGCUCACGGUCUGCGUCCUCUUUCCCUGUCGGAGCGGCACGAGGGAGCAUCUUUUCUCUUCAAAAAUGUUUUCUGAUCAUGUUUUAUUUUAAGAUAAAACGCAGACUUUUUUUUUCCUUACCUACCCAAAAUUCAUAAACACUAACACUGGGGAAUGGAGAGAGGAUGUGCUUCCUAUAAGAAUUAGAAAUAACGUCAGAAAGAAAAAAGUUGCUUAUGUGUUUUCCUACACAUGUGUACUUUUCUUAUUUUAAACAAAAUUUUUGAAAGGAAUAAUGCAGUUCAUGACGCGAACGCUAUCUAAAGUCGGUAAGAUGGUAUCGGGAGCUAAGCCAGCUUCAGCGCGGCCAUGGGCCUCAGCAGGGGCGCCUCCACGCCUUCCGGCCAACGCUGCGGACUCGGCUGCUGCUGGACGCACUCCUGACGCCCGCCAGGCCUUCGGAGGUCGGCUCACAGCCCUGCGUCCGAUUGCUGGAUCUUUACCGUGCGGGGAUUUUUUAAAAUAUAUUUUAUUGAUGAUGCUAUUACAGUUGUCCCAUUACCCCCCUUCACUCCCCUCCACCCUGCACACCCUCUCCCACCCACAAUCCCCCCCUUUAGUUCAUGUCCAUGUGUUGUAAGUUCUUUAGCUUCUACAUUUCCCAUGCUAUUCUUGCCCUCCCCCUAUUUUCUAAAUACAGCGAGCGUGGUGGAUCUAGGACCUAAACCCUCACACUGAGAACAGGACCCCGCAAGGAGGGGCGCUGGUCAGGUCGCACGUUCUCCCAGCAAACAUCUCCCACGAAACCAGCCACAGGCGCUGGGAGGUUCGGGAGGAGAACGCGGUGAAAGGCUAAAAAGAGAAACAGGUGGUAGAGCCUUCAAUGUAAAACUACGAACAUCCUUCCCUGUUCGUCACAUGUUAAAACACAGCCAGGGAAAGUAGCAGCCUCCUCCCCAGUCGCUGGGAAAUCGGUUCCUCCCGCAGCGCCACGCCAGAGACCGCACGUGGUGGGGCGGAGCCUCGGUGCUUGCCUCGCCAGGACUGUGCGCCCUGGCCGCGACCAUCACGCCCGUGCGUGUCCGCUAGAGACCCUGGUGGAGGGAGACUGUUGGUGUUCAAUUGUUUACAUUUCUUUAUAUAAAUAAUGUGCUUUCAGUGCCUUAGUUACAGGUCCCUUUCUUUUACUUGUUCCAAGAAUUCUGCAGCGUGUUUCCUGGCUGAAAGUCUCCUCGCUGCCCUCGGGGAGCUGUUCAUGGACCGCUGGGCACUGCGGUAAACACUACUUCUGAUGCCGUUUGGAGAGGGGCGCGCGGCGCUGAGGCAGCGGCUGCCUUAGCGCCCUUAGGUGUGAACGCCAAGGGUCUAGUCACGGGGGGCACCAGACUUGGUACGGCCUGAAAGUGGUCCUGUGCCAACCUUACGUUUUUAUUUCGGAAGAGAAUCUUAGUUUUGGUAAUUUGUUUUUUAAAGGAUCAUUAUGUGCAAAACACCAAAUUUUAAAAAUAACUCACAGAAUGGCCUUAGUUUUCAAUGUCCACUGGUAUGUUUGUGAGUUGUGCUAUCUGUAAUGUAAACCCCAGAAUAAAGUGGAGCAAACUGAAUGGA